GGUCACAGCAGCCCUCCCCCUCCGCGCACCGGCAGGGCUGGAGCGCUGCGAUAAAAGCGGGGAGCAGAGUGAAAGCCAACUCAGUCCGAGCCACUAAUCCCGAGGACACUGACAUUUCUACUGCAAACAUACCGAGAAGACAGAAGAUUUCAGUGGAUCGAAGACCACUUGAGUUGAAGACAUGAUCCGACUACUUGGGCUAUUAAGUCUCCUUUCUGCUCUCUGCUGCAGCCUAGCGGGCAAUGUGGAGCUGCUCCGCACUAAGAGAGGGACUCGUUUUUACAGAGGUGAGCCUGUCAGGCAGCCAGCUAGAGGGACGCUUUUGAUUGUUCAUGUCCAGAAGUCUUCACCUUCCUUUGACACGUCCUCACGUUGUGUGGAUAGUGAGCUAUCGGCAGUGCGUAGUUAUGGGGACACUUGGCUGCGAUGGAAGGGACAGCGUGUGGAGUAUUGCCGUUGUGCAUUCAGAGGACGAGAGCUUUGUCAUGUUGUGCCCGUCAUCAAUUGCUACGUGUCUCAUUGUUACAACGGUGGAACCUGUAAGGAGGCUGUAUACACCUCAGAUUACAUUUGCCAGUGUCCCGCAGGCUUCACUGGGCCUCGAUGUGAGAUCAACACCAAUGAGAAGUGUGUUGCGGGGCAUGGUGUAGGGUACCGUGGGACAUGGAGUAUCACCUAUACAGGAGCAGAGUGCAUCAACUGGAACGCAACGUCUCUGAGAGGAAAGAGGUUCACGGCUAGGAAAGUGGACGCCACCAGUCUUGGACUCGGCAAUCACAACUUCUGCAGGAACCCUGACAAUGACAGCACUACUUGGUGUUACAUCUAUAAAGGCACUCAGAUCGUGUGGGAGUUCUGUUCUCUGCCCAAAUGUCCAGAAGAUAAGAACCAACAAUGUGUUCUGGGCUCUGGUCAGUCCUACAGAGGCACAAAAUCUGUUACAAAGAGCGGCUCUCGUUGUCUCCCAUGGGACUCUCCUGCUCUCAAGCGUAAGCGCAACAAUGCUUGGAGAUCUGAUGCAUUGGAGCUAGGGCUUGGCAGCCACAGCUUCUGCAGGAAUCCAGAUGGUGAUGCAGGUCCUUGGUGUCACACCUACAAGAACAUGCAGCUGACCUGGGAGCUGUGUGACAUACCUAAAUGCUUGAGACGUCCCUCUAUCAUCACCACUCUCGACCCACGUGCCCCCACCUCUAACAACAACAGAGCAACAUGUGGCCAGCGUUCGGACAACUCCCUGAAUCGCCCGGAGUACCGCAUAUUUGGGGGCAGAGAGAGCGACAUCACAGACCAGCCGUGGCAGGCGGCCAUUAAUGUUUACCAGGCCCGUAGUAAACAGCACUUUCACCGAUGUGGAGGAGUCCUCAUCGACUCCUGUUGGGUCCUGUCCGCUGCACAUUGCUUCGAGCUAAGAGAUAAAGCAGAAAAAUUGGAAGUGAUUUUGGGAAGAACGUUUCGGAAACAGAAUUCCAGCAGUGAGCAGAUUUUCAAGGUUGAGAAGUACUGGAUCCAUGAGAAAUUUGACAACGAAUCAUUUGACAAUGACAUCGCCAUCUUGAAGCUGAAGACGGACGUCGGCAUCUGUGCUGUGAACUCUCCAGAGGUUCUUCCGGUGUGUCUGCCUGAAUCUGGGCUGGUGCUGCCCAGCUGGACCGAGUGUGAGAUCUCAGGCUACGGAAAAGACAAAGAAUUUACUGCAGAGUACUCAGAGCGUGUUAAGAGAGGUUAUGUUCGCCUGUGGCCCAACGAGCGCUGCAUCCCAGAUGUGCUGUCUGGACACCUGGUGACCCCCAACAUGCUGUGUGCAGGUGACACCCGCGGGCUUGACGACGCCUGCAAGGGAGACUCUGGCGGCCCACUCGUCUGUCGGAACAAUGACAGGAUGACUCUGAUGGGUGUGAUCAGCUGGGGCGACGGCUGUGGGCACAAGGAUAAGCCUGGGGUCUAUACCCGUGUCACCAAUUACAUCGACUGGAUCAACGACAAAAUUAAGGCAAAUCCGAUCUAAAGUAAGAGAGACUGCAAAGAAGAUGUUGUUGGAUUGCCUUGCCCAUAAGCACAAUGGGUAUCACGUUUAUCAUUGAGAAGAUAGACAAGGAGGUCCACAGGACUCUCAGGACUCUUGUUUAUCUGUUGAUCUAAAUCCAAACUGAUGGAGGUUUUAAACCAGCAGGACCACUCCUACAGAGAUGCACGAGAGGGACUUCAAGUCAUGAGUUUUCAUGCAUGAUGUAGCUCCAUGUUCUCCAGUUUUCUGUUCCUUACUGUGUCAGAUGGGACAAUUUAUAUGGACAGGAGCACAGAACCAACUCCUUUUCCUCCUUCUGGCCAUGUUGAUCGCAAUAAUAUUUCUGAUCUUUUCAUGCGUACAAAGCUUUAAUGUGUUUUCUCAGUACUGCCUCCACCAAACUGGAGGACCUGGUUGGCUUCAUGCUGGUUCAUAGGAAGAAGUCACAGUGGUAGGCUUCAUGUCAGAAGCACUUUUAAUCCAGAAGAAUACUCAGUCAAAACAGUGCAGUUUGCACAGUACUGUAAGUCAUAAGUAAGCAUUUAAAAAAAAAAAAAAGUUUUGUGCAAAGACUGUGUCACAGACGUGGCUUUUAGAUAUCAGGUGCUGUUGGCUUAAUUACUUUUAAUGGGAAACGUUCAUGCAUUUACUCUCUUUGGGGCUCGAGGGGCUGCAGACCGUCAAACGUAUCUGCUGGUUCAGAUUCUGCUUAUUUUUGCAGUUUUCUCUCCUUUUGCUCCCGGCCGUCUUGUAGAUGGCAAAUAGAUUUGAGAGAUUUUAGAGUCAUUCUCAUUGUUUUUUGUUUUUUUAUUUCCCACUGGAUUUGCAGAGCACUUCUCCACCACACACCUGGGUUGAGCCCAGUAUGUAUAUAACAUUUAUAUUGUCUAAUUAUUGAUUGAAAAUGACAGGGGGCUGAUUUAUCUGUUCUACAUUAAACUGCUUAUCGACUGCAAAGCUUAACAAACUCACUUUGUUCUGUGAUAGACUCUCAAGGGAAACUGGGUUUAAGAUGUUUUGAGCUAAGUUAAUAUUUAUGUGUAUUUUAUAAGGCUUUAAUACGUUAUUUACUGUAGCUUAAUAAUUUAUUGUGACUGUCAUUAUAAUCACAUACUCCUUUGUCAAUAAAUAAUAUUUGGAAUAAAUCUCCUAAUGCUUCA